AUGAUAAUAUUAAUUAUAGCAAUAGUGUCUUGUUUGGAUGUCAAUUUGACAAAUCUUCAAUUAAAUUAUUAUAGUUUGCCUAUAUCAGCUAAUAAUAUAACAUAUAAUCUAUUAGUAGACACUGGUAAUGAAGAAAUGUGGAUAUUCGGAAAGAAUACAAAUAGAAAAGUAUAUUAUGAAUGUUAGAAUUGUACACCAAUAUAGAAUAAAUCAAUCGAUAAUAUGUAAGGUAAAAUAAAUGGAAUUUAAUAUUACCAAACAUUUGCUUUAAUGAAUCAAUCUUUGGUAUUACCAAUAAUUGAUGCCUAUAAUGUUGAAUAUUUUUAUUCGAUGAUUGCUGAUGGUGUUAUUGGAUUUAACAAAAAACAAUUAUAAAAAGAAGAUAAUUUAUUGAAGAAACUUUAUUUUUCAAAUGCAAUUGAUACAAUGUAAUUUGGACUUUUACUAAAUGAAUAAAAUUGUUAAUCAACAUCUAUUUUAAGUUUUGGAAAACCUAAAAAAAAUUACUAUAUCAAUGAAUUAUAAUAUGUAAAAGUUAUUGAAUCAGAAUCAUGGACUGUGAAAGGCUUAUCUGUAGAAAUUAUUGGGAAAAAUAAAAAAUAAGAAUUGGAAUCAUAAAACUAAAUGAUUGUAUUUGAUAGUGGGAUAUCCAAAUUCUUGAUUUAGAAGAAUAAAUUUAAUAAACUUAUUGACAUUUUCAAUGAAAAUUACAAUCUAAAUUGCUAAAAAGAAAUUUAGAAUUAAAUAAAUCAGAUUGUUUGUUCUUAUGAUGAUUAAUCAUUUCCUGAAAUAAAUAUUAAUAUUGAUACUAAUCUUAGUUUAACACUAUUACCUUAAGAUUAUAUUGAUUAUUGUAAUUACAAUUACUUUUUAUAGUAUAAGUGUUACUUAAAUUUCCAAUAGAUUGAUAAAACAGAUGUAUUAGUAUUGGGUACUGUAUUUUUCUAAAAAUAUUAUACUCAUUUUGAUGUUUCUACAUUCUAAAUUGGUAUUGCAAAAUCCAUUUAUUAUUGUAAGAUAUAAAAUAAUUUUAGAAAGGGAUAAGAAGAAUUUGAGUGAAAUUGGAAAUUCUUAUAAUAACAGCAUGUUAUACUUUUCAGUAAUUUUAGUAUUAAUUUUACUAAUAGCAAUUUAUAUACUACUUAAAAUGCUAUUAAAGUAAUCCAUUCCUUUAUAUCUAUCUGUCUUAGAAAAAUCCUCAUCAAGAUCAUAAGAAUAAGAAAUGGAAGCGAUAACAUUAAAAACUUAAUAAAAUAGUUAACCUCCUUUGACAACAUGA